AGACAUCAAUCGCGUUCGUAUCACAAUUGGAACCGAGUCCCUUUCCGAACAUUUCGGAUAAAUUCGGUGACCAGGUGCAAGUGCAAUUCAUUUAAUCUGUGUCGGUGUUUACAUGCCAAAGACGUCUCCUGUGCAUCACGCGCCUUUUCUAUCGGUAGACGAUAAGAGGAAAUAACCCACUGUGGAGGGUGACGGGAGACGCACCAGACAUCGCCAUGCUUCAAGCACACCAAUUAAAGUCCAGGUGACUGGCAAUGGAGACGUGACAAAGAUCGAGCUGGAGCUGGAAGAGGCUCCAGACGGCAAGGAGGAGAGGCUGCCAGCUAUUCUCGUUGGCUCGAUGUCGUCGGAAUUGGAUUCUACAGCUGAGAUAAAUUCCACUUAUCCAGGCUUCCCGAAACCAGGGAGUGUGGUGGUGCGAGCUGAGGAAGCUCUACUGGUGAUUCUGGUACUUCUUCUGUGGGUGGGAGCUAUUGCCCUGUUCUUCAAUCGUUGGGGCAAAAUCCGCAUGCUCGAGCCUUAUCAACCGAAAUUUCAACAGCCACACCGUCCAAGCUGCGCUAUCGUCGAUCCAUCUCCCCUGCCAAUGCGUUCGUGUUCGAAAUUUAACAUCCACUCUCUGGACCACUUGCAGUGUCAAUCAAUCAUGACCAGACCACGGCAGAACAGUGUUUUCGUGGGCUCCAGCAUGUCAUAUCUUCCCGGUAAUAUGCCAAGACGGACAAAAAGUGCGUUUGACCUGCAAUCGUUGAGGCUGGAUGAGGGAAUUGAGAGCUGUCAGCAGACAGCUGAUGUACCAGUAGAGGAGGACGAGAACGAGGAUGAGGCGCCUGCCACACUUAAGCCAUUCAAUGAGUAUUCCAAGCCAUCGAGAUCAUUCCAGAGGGAGAGGGGCAUGAGUAUUUGUCAAUUCGAUAGAACUGAUGUUCUAGCUAGACCAAUGCAGCGUGAACGAGGAAUGAGCAUCUGUCAUUUUGAUAGAAUGGACGUUCUUGCUCAUCCCAUGACACCCAGGGACAGGAGAAUGAGCAUUUGUCAUUUUGAUAGAAUGGAUGUACUUGCUAGACCAUCGUCGGUGGUCAAGGGAAGCCGAUCAAGUGUUUUUAGCAAUGCUGAGAAGCUCGAGUGUCUUGGUAAAUCGCAGUAUCAACGAGGUAGUCGAUGUAGCAUUGGUAAUUUCGAGGCAUCAGCCAGGUUUUUACAGCAGCGUAUCAAGGACAGAAGUGAAUCCCUCGGGAGAAACAUGACACAGAGGGUUCAUGGGGGCAGUGGGGGCAUCUUUGAUAGACCCUCGUGCAGCAAAACACCUGAUGUCGUACUGGGGUACAAGGCCACGUGUGUCUGAAUGGUUUUUCGAGACGUGAAAGGAUAAAAUGGGUCGAGAUUGAUGGGAGUUUUUGCUGUCGCGAGAUUAUCGCGAGAAUGAAUGAUUAGCUCGGGAAUGUCUGGAGGAGAUGGGGAGGGUGUGUCUCGGAGAAGAUCGUCACAAUGAUGAUUUCUCGGAAUAUUUCAAGCGGAACAGGAGCGGUGGUUAAUGUUGCGCCGAUAUUUUUCUUUUUCAUUUCGAAAAUGAUGGAAUCAGAGAAAAAUGAUGGAAAAUAUUUUUCUAAAAGACUCACUUUCAAUUAACUUUUCCUCCAAUAUCGGAGGAAACGGCUGGUUCUACUAUGUUUCAUAGCUCUACUGUUGAGCUUAGCCACUUCAUUGUUAUUCUGCCUGGGGAUUUUAGUUUAUCUUCGAAGUGUUGGAUGUUCCAUUAUGGAGAAAGUAUUCGUGAAGAUGAAUUGGGGAUGGGGGUGCAAAAUCCAGAUCUAAUGGGGCAGAAGUCCAUGAAGCUCUCUUGAUUUUUUUAUUCGAGAAUUGACCGAGUUACCGGACGAUAUAUGCACGAGUGAUUUAAGCACUGAAUGGGAAGAGUAUUCGGCGGUGGCCUUGGAACUCAUGGUUCCCAUCAUUUUGGAUGGGACACGAAAACGCUGGGGCAAAGUUUCCCUCCCCAGAGCUAUUAGGGGGGACAAUACUUCUACAGACGCGUGGUAUCGACAUCCUCUGGUAAACUGCGCCCCUGCAUUGCAGGAUUGUAUUGCUAUGAUAAAUUGAGGCCGGGUCAGUCCUUUUUCCACCUUUUGCCUCGCCUAAUUGUCCUCUUUUGUCGGGGAAAAUGUAUAUUUUUAUAUCAAUUAUAUUAUAAACCAUUUUCCGCACAUCCAGAACCAUUUAAAAUGCACCAGCAAUUUAAUGGUCGAGGAUAGGAGGGGAUGACUGACGUGUUUGAACGUUAUUUUGGUAAUAUCUGUGGGAGGAACUAGUGAUGUAAAAAAUUUUGCCGCCAUAACUCGACUCUUUGCCUCUCAAUUUUUAAUUGGAACAAAAAUGUGACUAAAAAUUACUUAAAUGUCCUCGAAUUUUCCGCAAACUACUCAUUUCGUAGAUAUUUUCAAAAUAAUCAGUAAAAAAAUCAGCUUAUCUUCUUCCCGACUUUUCCUAACGAAAAAAUUAAUUCUCGUCCAGAAUGAUCCCUCAUUCCACGAGUUGAUGAAAACUUCCUAUCAAGUUUUUAUCUACCUCAAGUCUCCAGUGGAUGUGAACGUAAUUAUUAACGACGAGAAAAGCCAAGAGAUUCGGAUGUAGUCCAUCCCAUUAAACUCUCACUUCAAAUUCUCCUUUAUUCUACUUGACUUAAUGCUCCAACUGUUGUGCUCAGUAGUAUGAAAAUCUAGGGGAAAAAGUCUAUCAAAAAUGAGAAAAAGAAAAUUCUAUAAUCUUCUUUCCAUAUUUCUGCAUAUCCUCUCUCUCAAUGAAUAGUAUAAUUAUUUUAGGUCAUUGAGAGAUGUAGUUUAAUGUAAUGUUUAACGUCCUGAAUCUUUCAACGAAUCUUCUGGCUAAAAAAUAAAUAUUGAGAUACCAAGAUACUUGAAAAUAAACUAACAACAGUGAAUAAUAAUGAAAGUAAUGUCCGAUAUUUUCGAAAGAACCUGAGAUAUUUUUUUACGAAUGAAAUACAAUUUAAAAAACCCAGAACACUGAGAAUAGUAAGUAGAAAUUUGUUGUAAAUAACAGAUGAUAAGUGAUACCUUCGAUGAUCAAUGAAAUAUUUAUUGAGCGAGAAAACUUUCGAAAUGUCACAUAUUACUUUCUCCAAUAGGUCAAAAUAUUCUAACUAUUCCUAGGCCAUUAGUUUAAUUCGUAAAUUAACGAGUGCUUCGUUGAUCGAAGUCAUUGGGAGCUGUAGAACACUCAAGCCAAUUAACAAUUGUCAGACCAAUAUACUAGACUGUUUUUUAAUUGAUAAAGUGAGAUAUUUUAUUCUUGAACAAUACUCAUUCAGGCGAACAAAAAAAUGAUUCUAAUUGAUCGAUUAACGGAAUAUGGGACCUUGUCGUACUUAUUUAUCGAAUGAAUCUAGAGCUAGUUAUUGAUUCUUUGGAAAUUUUAACGACGAGUUAUUUAGUACCUGUAUUUAAUCAGCUACUUAUAUCAAUUAAAAUGUUAAUUAGACUGCUAGGUAAUUGUGAUAGGAAAAUGUGAAUGGAAUGGGAAAGAAGGGUGGGGUCAUCGUUUUAUAGUUUUUGUCAUUGAAAAAAUUGUGAUCACAUGUCAAGAUUCAUUAUUUGUUAAUAAUAAGUGUAGGACUGUUUCAUAAACUCUUGGAUUUUUUGUUGAUGAUUUUAAACUGUCUGUGAAUAGUAAAAAAUAAUGAAUUGGCAAAUGGAAACGAGUAAAUAAAAAGGGGAGAUAAUCUAGUUGAGUCCAUCUAUUAUCGAUGUGACAUCUACCGAAACAUAAUCUUCUCUUCCACUUAUUUGCAUUUGAAAAAUCAUCACCUCCUCAAUUUAUUCAAUUUUUUACUCAAUCCUUGUUUAAACCUACUGUUUCCUAAAGACGUGCCACUCGAAUAAACCAAACCCUAAGAAUGUAUUCUGACUUCAUAAUUUAAAAUGAUAAAAUAAAAAAAAUCUUUACUUAUA